GUUGGAGGGGGGGGGGGGGGCGAAGCUGCAGCUGACUGGGAAUCGGGGCUGGUUUCCUGUCUGGAAGGGAAGGGGCCCGCAUAGGGGAGCGGGGGCAGCAGCAGACAGGCACACCCCAGCCUUUCUCCCUCCCACCGCCCCCUUCUGCUGGAAAAGCGAGCUGGGAGAACAGCUGCCACCAAAGCAAGACUGGACACUCUGUGCCCAGAGCCCCCUCUGCAGCUGGCCUCCCUUCCUGGGACCCUGCUCCUUCUCACCUCGCUUUCCUUUCCUCCCAUGCCUGGCUCCCACCAGGGCCCUGGAACAGUGGUAGGCAAGGAAGGUUUGUCACAGCAGCCAGAGGGGUGUAACAGGAGUGCAGAGGGACAGGGGCACCUCUGUCCUCUGCCCACCUCUGUCAAGACCAGGGGAGCAGCGGGAGGAGGAACUGUGGAGCAGCGAGGUGCCUGUCCAGCACCCCCCUUCUGGAGGGGUCCACAAGGGAAGGGGCUCUGGGGGCACAAAGAUGCAGGACAGAUUGCACAUCCUGGAGGACCUGAAUAUGCUCUACAUUCGGCAGAUGGCACUCAGCCUGGAGGACACAGAGUUGCAGAGAAAGCUAGACCAUGAGAUCCGGAUGAGGGAAGGGGCCUGCAAGCUGCUGGCGGCCUGCUCCCAGCGAGAACAGGCCCUAGAGGCCACCAAGAGCCUGCUGGUGUGCAAUAGCCGCAUCCUUAGCUACAUGGGCGAGCUGCAGCGGCGGAAAGAGGCACAGGUGCUGGAGAAGACAGGCCGGCGGCCUUCUGACAGUGGGCCGCCUGCUGAACGCUCGCCUUGCCGAGGCCGGGUCUGCAUCUCUGACCUCCGGAUUCCACUAAUGUGGAAGGACACAGAAUAUUUCAAGAACAAAGGCGACUUGCACCGCUGGGCUGUGUUCCUGCUGCUGCAGCUAGGGGAACACAUUCAGGACACAGAAAUGAUCCUGGUGGACAGAACCCUUACAGACAUCUCCUUUCAGAACAACGUGAUCUUCACCGAGGCAGGGCCAGACUUUGAACUGCGACUGGAGCUGUAUGGGGCCUGCAUGGAAGAGGAGGGGGCCCUGGCUGGAGCCCCCAAGAGGCUUGCCACCAAACUCAGCAGCUCCCUAGGCCGCUCCUCAGGAAGGCGUGUCCGGGCAUCGCUGGAGAGUGCUGGAGGUUCAGGAAGCAGUCCCAUUUUGCUUCCCACCCCAGCUGUGGGUGGUCCUCGUUACCACCUGUUGGCUCACACCACACUCACCCUGGCAGCAGUGCAAGAUGGGUUCCGCACGCACGACCUCACCCUCGCCAGCCAUGAGGAGAAUCCCGCCUGGCUUCCCCUUUAUGGUAGCGUGUGUUGCCGCCUGGUGGCUCAGCCUUUCUGCAUGACUCAGCCUACCGCAAAUGGUACCCUCAGGGUACAGCAAGCUGGGGAGCUGCAGGACUGGGCGCGAGUGCAUGGAGUCCUGAAAGGCACAAACCUCUUCUGUUACCGGCAACCUGAAGACGCAGACACUGGGGAAGAGCCGUUGUUUACUAUUGCCAUCAACAAGGAGACUCGAGUGCGGGCAGGGGAGCUGGAGCAGGCUGCAGGCCGGCCCUUCACCCUGAGCAUCAGUAACCGGUAUGGGGAGGACGAGGUGACACACACCCUUCAGACAGAGAGUCGGGGAGCCCUGCACAGCUGGAUGGAAGCUCUGUGGCAGCUUUUCUUUGACAUGAGCCAGUGGAAGCAGUGCUGUGAUGAGAUCAUGAAGAUUGAAACCCCUGUUCCCCGGAAACCACCCCAAGUACUGGCCAAGCAGGGAUCCUUGUACCAUGAGAUGGCUAUUGAGCCGCUGGAUGACAUCGCAGCGGUGACAGACAUCUUGGCCCAGCGGGAGGGCACAAGGCUGGAGACACCCCCACCCUGGCUAGCAAUGUUUACAGAACAGCCUGCCCUGCCUAGCCCCUGCUCACCUGCCUCAGUGGCCCCAGCCCCAGCUCGGACCUACCCCAUGCCCUGGGGGCGACCCCGAACAUUCUCCCUGGACGCUGUCCCCCCAGACCACUCCCCUAGGGCUUCCCACGCGGUUGCCCCUCUCCCCCAGCAGCGAUCCCCAAGGUCCAGAGGCCUCUUCAGCAAAGGCCCACCCCGCACUUGGCUCCAGUCACCAGUAUGAGACAGAAAGGUGCUUGCAACAGGAUCUGGCCAGAGGAAGAGAGGACCUACGUGCAGUUGGGCUCUGGAUGCGGCGCUGUCAGUAGCAGGUUGGCCAGCUUGGCCUCCCCUUCCUCUGCUGGACUGGGGGAGCAGAAG